AUGUCUUCUCAAAAUCACGCGAAGUCGAAGGAGCUGGAUAUGGCGGAACGUUUGACGGAUGCAGUGCGUAUACUUGAUCAUGAUCCAUCGUUAGCGCUUUACCGUUUACAAGAACAUGUGGGACGCAGUUUACCUGGACUUGUAAAUCGAAGAAUUCUACUGAAUCAGCAAACGGCGUUGCUCUCUGGCGUACAGUUCGACCUUGAGAACGCUUUGAGCACUGUUGAAAAUAUACGACAGUCCAGCUCCACAUUUGAGGAGUGCACUGAAAUGUUACGUAACUGCAUUUUUUACAAGCAGCAAUUGGAUUUUGACGCAAAACGGAAGGUAUCUGAAAUCGCAGUAAAAGGGCGCAGCAAAUCGCUGCACGACGUUACGCGACAGGCGGAGAAAGAGAAAUGA